UUGACAGGGAGCCUGGUGGGCUGCUAGCCGUCCCUCCCCCUGCUGCCACCCCCUCCUUUGCGUUGGAGGCGUUUGAUGCCCCCUCCCCUCGGCACAGAUAACAUAUCGACCCGGUCCGAGAGGCCUGCGUUGGAGCUGAGCAUCUGAGAGAGAAUAAGGACCUGGCGGGUGUUGGAAGGCCACCGAGGCAGGCAGAAGUUCAACAGGCAGUGCUGCAGCUUGAGGGAAUGCCCAGGAGCGUCUAACACAGCCCUGCAGGGGUGUAGCGUCAGCCGCGGACUAGAAACUUCAUCCUCUUCCUCUCCAGGGCUGGAGACAGGCAGACGUUCCACAGGUGGCGCGACAGGAGUUUCUGAAACAGCCCUACAGGGACUGUAGAUUAGAAACCGCCUCAUCUUCCUCUCCGGAUCUGCGUGGGGUUUACCGGUCAUCGGAUGGGAUGGAUAACGGGUUCCAGUUGGGUUAAGAUGAUGGCUUGCUGAAUUUGGACAGGGGGCGCCCCAAUUUGGGGGCAUCCCUGGUGUCCGCGACAGGGGAGAAGCAGGUGCUUGGCAUGCCAGCAGGGACUUGACAAGACGCCAGCUUGGGAUCUGUUGGGACUUUCGGGGGGUCUUGACCCCCAUCACCGUCGCGUUUGCCUCCUCUUCCUCUUCUUCCUCUCCGCCAGCCUGCAGCUCCCCCCCCCCAAAUGGAUCUCCUGCCGAAAAGCAAAUACACCCACUUGCAGGACGAAUCUCCGCCUUCGCUGGACGACAGGACCCCCGUGUCCGAGGGGUUCCCCUCUCCUGAUCCUACCCCGCUGCUGACCGGCUCUCUGUCCUCAUCGUCCCUCAGCCCCAUGCUGCCUGUGGGGGACCCCGAAUCGGAGGCCAGCCCCACCACGCUCUGCUCCUUCUUCCCCAAAAUGGCUAACCUGAAACUCUCCCACCCGGCUUCCUUGCUGAACCUCCGGGCCUUUUCCCGAGAGACGGGGGUCCCCGAAGACUCUCCGGGAGGUGCCGCCUCCGCCUCGUCGGACUCAACAGGCGUUGUUGGUCUCUAUCCCCAGGAUAUGAACAAACUGAGUUGCGGGAAGAAGAUGCGAGUGGAAGGCGGCCAGCUGGGCGGCGAGGAGUGGACGCGGCACGGGAGUUUUGUGAACAAGCCCAGCCGGGGUUGGCUGCACCGGGACGACAAGGUGAUGGGUUCCGGAGUCUCCUACCUGGUCCGGUACAUGGGUUGUGUGGAAGUGAUGCAGUCCAUGCGGGCCCUUGACUUCGGCACCAGGACCCAAGUCACCAGGGAGGCGAUAGGCCUGGUGUGUGACGCGGUGCCCAGCACGAAGGGAGCCGUGCGCAGGAGGAAGCCCUGCGGCCGGGCACUCAACUCCAUCCUGGGCAAGACCAAUCUGAAGUUCGCCGCCAUGCCCAUCACCUUGACCAUCUCCACCAGCAGCCUCAACCUCAUGGCGUCCGACUGCAAGCAGAUCAUCGCCAACCAUCAUAUGCAGUCCAUUUCAUUCGCUUCCGGAGGGGAUCCGGAUACGGCGGAAUACGUCGCUUACGUUGCCAAAGACCCUGUCAAUCACAGAGCUUGCCACAUCCUGGAAUGUCCGGAGGGAUUAUCCCAAGACGUCAUCAGCACCAUUGGACAGGCGUUCGAAUUGCGCUUCAAGCAGUACCUUAAAAACCCACCUAAGCUCGUCACGCCUCACGACAGGAUGGCCGGAUUUGACGGCUCCGCGUGGGACGAAGAGGAAGAGCCGCCCCCCGACCACCAAUACUACAACGAUUUCCCGGGAAAGGACCCCCCCUUGGGGGGACUGCUCGACCUGCGCUUGCGGGAAGGGGCUGCUGCGGCUCAGACCCCCAACAAUUUGGGAGCCACCUUGCCUGUCGGACAAGUGGCUGCUGGGGACUACAAAUCCAAGAAGCCACAUUCGGUCGCACAAGGCAGGGAUCGGGGCCCGCCUGGGCGCCCAGAAUUCUUGGUGGACCCUUCCUACGUGAACGUGCAAAAUUUGGAGAAGUUGCAGCCGGGCCUCCAGAGCGUGACCUCCAACGGCAGCAUCCAGAGAGAUCUCUUUGACAUGAAGCCUUUUGAGGACGCCUUGAGGGCACCGCUGCCGCCCGCCACUCCUCCCUCCCACCCGCCAGCGAGCAUGGAGGAGCAACUCCGCCGGGAACCAUGGUAUCACGGACAGAUGAGCCGGAAAGAGUCGGAGAAGCUGCUGCAAGCCAACGGGGAUUUCCUGGUGCGAGAGAGCACCACCACGCCGGGCCAGUAUGUGCUCACCGGGCUGCAGGGAGGACAGCCAAAACACCUGCUCCUUGUCGACCCGGAAGGAGUGGUCCGGACGAAGGACCACCGCUUUGAAAGUGUCAGCCACUUGAUUAGCCACCAUAUGGACAAUCGGUUGCCCAUCAUCUCGGCCGGCAGCGAGCUGUGCCUACAGCAGCCCGUCGAGCGGAGACCGUGAGCAGAACAACCGGAGUCACAUCACUACAAGCGCCCUUCUACCGGGAUUCCUUCGUGUCUUUUUUCUCCCUGGAAAAACAGCUUCCAGAAAUGGGCUGUUUCCUCUGCCAAAGCAUCCUCCGGGCUUGAAGGGAACUUGGAGGAGCACCAAAACCCAACAUGUCCCCCCAGACCACCUCGCUAUAUCUUGCCAUGGCCCGGCUCUUUCUUGUCGCUGCACAGUUGCCGUCCAGCCAACACGCUAGUCCUCAAAGAGAGCGGUCUAGCCUCAGUUGUGUUGACAGUGCUGGGAUGAAGUCAUUUUCAGAUUUCACCUCGAACAAUUUUUUUUUUUUUUUACCCCUCCACUAACUGAACAGCGAGACGGUCUUUGCCACACAGCGCCUUGUUGAGUUUUCUGCCGGGUGCAGCCGAUGCCAAAGAAAUCAAGGGGGUUCUUUUCUGGGAGAUUGCGUUUAAAGCACAAAAAGGGAAAAAUAGGGGCAAUUCACUCGGGUCUGGGAUGGAGAAGCCUCUCUCUUCCCUUGCCCAUAGACCCCGCUCAUUCACUUUAUAUAUCUUCUGUUGUGUGCCUUGAACCUUUUUUCAGGUCAGAUUUUAUGCAAAAUUCCUCUUGCUCUGCAACGUCUGUCGCGGCGCUGCCUGUUUUGGGGGGAGGGGGCUAUAAGAUGGAGAAAGAGGCAAUCAUUGAUCACCCGCCUCUUUCUGAUCCAUCAUGGAUUCCCCAUAAUUUAUCCCCUUCUUUUCUCCCCACCCACAAAAGCCCAGGCUAAGCAAUGGAGACCCCCCCUCCCCAAUCUGGAUUGAGGGAUGGUUUCCCUGAAUUAUGGAAAGAGAACCCAAAACUGAAGGUUUUGGAGCUUCCCCCCUAAAAAAACUGAAAAGGGAAAGACAAAAGAUUGGGUUUAGUCUUUCCAGCGCUGUGGCUGGUUUUCUUCCCAGUCUCUCUCCCCCCCCCCCCCGGUUCUUGUGUACAUAAGUUUGAUCACGUGGUGUUGCAUGUAUAUUGUUAUACUCAGAAGCCAAUGUGUGGCUUUACUCUCUUAUCAUUGUGCCUGUCCCCGCCACUCUGCGGGACCCCCCAAAUCCACCUCAGCCCCCUCCUCUCCACGUCCUUUAUACAGAGUUUGUAUUGGUUUGAUUUUCUCUCGAUUAUACCAAAGGAAAUCAAAUAGUUAUUAUUAAAGGUUGGUAUUUCUUUA